CAGCGCUUGAAUGACACACUUGCCCGGCUGCCACCAGACCCGGAGCAAGGAUGUACCGGGAGACUAACCGAAAAUAAAAGGCACGAAAGCACGCAGGAUUACAGGAAAUUCAAGAAGGACAUGGACGUGCACGUACAGCACCAGUUGAGAAGACACAACCUGGUAUCUUUGCGAAGCUAACUAACGAUAACUUUGCUAUCUUGCUGGAUGUAUGAAGAUGAACUAAAUCAAGCAGCAUUACGUAGAUAUUAAAUCCUAAAUUAAAGCCAAUGGUAUUUGUACUAGAUAUGUAUACCGGGCAUGUGGCUAACUGAGUAGCAUAGCUCAACUGGACUGGUGUGUAUGUAAGUCACUUUCUGUUGUUUUCCAUAUCAGCUGCGUGUCUCGUCUGUCAGUACUGUGAGUGGUCUUCUACGCAGGUAAUUCGUAAUGGGGGGGAAUCUGGGAUGCCACCGCUCGAUCCCCAAAGAUCCAUCGGAUUUCUGUCACAGCAAGCGCAAGUUCAGCGCGGCGUGCAACUUCAGUCACAUCAUGGUCAACCAGGAGCGACUGAACAUCAACACCGCCACAGAAGAGGAACUCAUGACCCUGCCCGGAGUGAACCGCACAGUUGCGCAAAACAUUGUGGAGUACCGAGAGUGCAUCGAUGGGUUCAAGAAAGUGGAAGACCUGGCGCUGGUAAGCGGGGUGGGAGCUGCCAAACUAGAGGCUAUCAAAUUGGAAAUCUGCGUAAGCAACAGAACGGGUUCGUCCCAGCACUCCCCCUCGUCGUCACUGCGCAAAGAGCACAACCACGAGCACCUGACGUAUACCGGCAUGAACAUCAAUACCGCCACAACUGCGCAGCUUGUCAGCAUCCGCGGCAUCACAGAGAAAAUCGCCAAGAACAUUGUCGACUUCCGUAAUGAGCACGGCCCAUUCAAAAGUAUAGAGGAUCUGGUGAAAGUUAAUCAGAUCAAUUCCUCACUGCUGGACAAAAUUAGGUUCCAGGUUUUUGUGGAACGGUCUAGAACGCCUUCCACAAACACUAAUGGUGGGGUUGGCUGCACUAGCAAAUCGCAAGCGAGUCCGACCUCUCUCAGCCUACAGAGUGAGGAACUCGAUCUUCCGCCAGGUGGGCCGACGGAGAUCAUCUCGACCCGGCCGACCGUGGAAGUCUUCUCUGGAUUGCGCGACAGCAAGUCGGUGAUCCGUGUGGGCACUUGGAACUUGCAGCGGUGCUCAGCCGAGAAGGCGAAUAACCCCGGCGUGAAGGAGGUUGUGUGCAUGACGCUGCUUGAGAACGGCAUAAAGAUCCUAGCGGUUCAAGACCUGGCAGACAGAGAGGCCUUAGAGAAGUUCUGUGUGGAGCUGAACCAGGGCACUUUGCCCAGUGUCCGGAAGUGGAGGGGCCCGCGGGGAGUGUGGAAGUGUGCCAUCUCUGAGAAUUCAACAGGACAGUCCCACAAGGCAGCAGAGUUUUCUGGAUUCCUGUGGGAUAGCUCCUGUGGGAUUGAACUGAUGGAUGCAGUCCUCCUUGAGAGUCCAGUUGUCAAUGGCAAUGGGAGACAUGCCUAUCCACGGCCUUUCCUUGGGCAUUUUAAUAUUGGGUCAUCAGAGGUGACAAUUGUGAACGUGCGGUUGAAAGGCCAGCAUUCAAAGGGAGAGACAAAUGGAAGGAGCCUCUCUGAUGAGAACAAGGCAGCGUGCUUCACUGACUGUGUCUUCGAAAAACUGAAAGGGGAGAAGGACCUCUUGGUGCUGGGAGAUUUCGGACAACCUCCAGACAGUAAAGAACUUGACCUCCUGAAGAAGGAGAAGCUAAGUGCUCUAAUCCCAGCAAGCACCUUCACCAACAUCAGCACAAACACUCCCCAAGGUUCCCUCUGUCUGGACAACAUCUGGGUCAGCCGUUCGCUCAAGAAGAUCUACACAGGUCACAGUAUGGUAGUGAGGGAGGGUUUAACCAACCCCUGGAUCCCAGACAACUGGUCCUGGGGUGGGGUGGCAUCCGACCACUGUCCUGUCGUGGCCGAGUUCUUCAUCGACGUGGCUCAGAAGGAGGUAGUCCGGAACGGGAACGGGGUGGCGGUGGUGGAGCGGGGUGAGCCCAUGAUCAAACAUGAGCGGUGACAUGGCUAUCCAGCAUAGGACAUGUGGCACCAUGCAAGACGCUAUUCUUUUUCCCAAGCAACUCUUGUGGUGGAUUUAACCAACUUGACCUGCGAAUGUGAAAAGCACCAACAUUGCCUUUUUGUUUCUGUCUUCCAUGUACAUCAGAGACUGCAUAGUUUUAUUAUAUUUUUUCAGUUACUGAAAGGAGAGGAUUUAAAUGAAAUUCCAUGUAUGGUGGAUGAUAAAUGUGUCAGAACUGAAAGACACCAUAUGAAAAUGAA